AGACAGAAAGGCAGUUGUUAGAGGGUGAAUGGCAGGAACACUGUGUCUGGUGCCUCUUCUCUUGCCUCUGUGUAUCAGUGUGACGGUGAACACAGAGGUGGCUCUGCAAAAGAGAAUCAUUGGAGGUGAUGAAUGUGAGCGACAGUAUCAUGUACAGCUCAGAGCAGUUUAUCCACAUGGACCUUCCAGCUUGUGUGGAGGCUCUUUGAUCAGUGACCGCUGGAUUCUGACUGCAGCUCACUGUCUGAAGCCAGGAGGGAUCAUGUUUGCAAAUCUAAGUGUGCAUCAAGUGGGUCCGGAGCAAGAAGUGCAGAUAACAGCAGAAGCUGAGAUCUAUACAGACAAAGACACCAGCACAGGCAGAGUUCAUGACAUGCUGCUGCAGCUACCUAGCAGCUCUGAUGUCCAACCUAUAAAACUACCUGACUGUGAUGAACCUCCUAAAAGAGUUGAGAUCGCAGGUUAUGGUGCCAUCACCGGACUAGCUAAUGAGAAAAGAAAACCUGGUAAAUCACCCUCUCUUCACUGUGCAGAGACUGAGGUUGUCAGCUGUACAGAGCUCAAUGAUAUUUUACAGAAAAAAUUCCCCGAGGUCCACCGAGUCAAGAGCUAUCAACACUGGUUCUGUGGACAAAGUCCUGGGAAAGAUAUAUGCCGAGGAGACUCUGGUGGAGGAGUGGUUCAUAAUGGCAGGAUUUAUGGGGUCUCUUCUUUUGUGGGAGAUCCGGACUUUGUAUGCAGAGCACCGGCUGCCUUCAUGGACCUCUGUGAUCCUGAGUAUGCAGAUUGGAUCAGGAAAACUAUCAACCCAUAAAAAGCUGUGAGGUGUGGAUGUAAACAAGCUGAAAUAAAUAAUCUUUUAGAGUUUAACUUUGCAAAAGCAUGCAAAACGUAACGGAAGUUGAAUAAAACACAAUAGAAAUAGAAAAAAAUGCCACAAAGCUGAAAAACUGAACAAAAAACAAACAAAAAACAAACACAAAUUACAACAGAAAUAAUAAUAACAAUAUAAAAAAAACACAACAGAAGUAGAAAAAACCCUUCUCAUCCUAAAACUUGGUGGCAAAGUGGAAUAUGGUAAGGAAAGGCUCAUUUAAGUGCUUUCAUUACUCAAAGGUUCCUGUUAAUUAUGCAUGAAGUGAUUUCUGGAGGGGAAUGAAACUUAACUGAAAUGCUCCCUGUGACAUUUUGACCUGUCAAACACAGGCGUAACUCCUGUUAUUCAUUGUUGUAUUGCAGGUCUGCUGUGCACGACGUCUGUGAAUCUGAGUAAUUUGGUUCAGAUGAAGGAAUAAGACUGCUCAGAUGCUUUGGCUGUCACGUAAUGAUUCCUCAGGUUAAGGUGUCUUUGGUGCCCUAACUAACUGUCUGUGCACAUUGAACAGAAAUCCUGCCAUGACAGAACACACUAAUGCCUUUUCAAGGGAGAACCGAUCCUAAUCUGAGCUGUCAGCCCCAAGUUCUCUGCAGUCAUCAAAUCAAGCAUAAUCUGCUUUGAACAGGCUCCCUGCCUCACUGCAAAAGCCUUUUUACCAGCUGCUGUUUGACAAAUUGCAAAGCCUCUGAAGAGACUUUAGAAUGGGGGAAAAAAGGAUACGAAGAAAGAGCUGUACAAAAAGCUAUCCAUGCACUCCUACUGUUUAACAUUUCACUUGGAGUUUAGUGACUGUAUUGUAUCUGUGUAUUGCAUUAUAGUUUCUCUGAGAGCUUUGCUCCCUGAAGAUUUUAUGACCUGUGAACGCUGAGUCUCUCUUGUGGCUGUAAACCAGUCUGCUCAGCAUGUCACUGCAUGGCAGAGUUUCUCUCCAUUUUUUUGAAUCACCUUUGCUCAGUUGUGCUCCUAACUGAUCUCCUGAGUUUGGCUGUAUUCCUGGACUUUGCCCUUUAGUUACUCUUCAGUCUCUUUAACACACGGGCUGCCAAAUUUGAAAUAACAUUUUUAGUUUUGGAAAAAGAAGAGCAUGUCUAGCAAAUUCUUGCACAUCCUUGUUCUUAAAUAGCACUUUUCUACUCAAGCGCUUUAUACACCUCAUUCACCCAUUCAUACAAGCACUUUUCUGUACCUAAGUUCUUUCUAUCUAACACUCAUACUCAGCAGUUUGGGGUUCAGUAUCGUGUCCAAGGAUACUUUGAGAUACAGACCGGAUCAGGCAGCGAUCAAACCUCCGACCUUCUGAUCGGUACUAAUUGGACGUUUGCUGCUGCACAUGUAGCAUCACAACUUAGAAGAUGGUGGUGUGGAAAUGUGUUUCCCAUUAACAAUUGACUAAAAAACUCUUAGUCAAGGGUUAACGUCACCUAUGUCAGUAUUUUCACUGACUCUAAAAAGGCACUGAUCUUCUUUAGAUUAGAUCAACAAUGUGCCUUAAACCUGAGCUGUACAGGAAAAUAGAUUUCUGAUACACACAUGUACAUAAACAAAUAAAGAGAGAUGUUUCCCACCUGCUGAGAAGACAACUACUGUAUAACCUGAUUACCACCAUUAAUCUCAUAUCCACUGAUUUCUGGCACCUAUAAGUGGGAUUGAUUUCACUGUCCUGCUGUCUUGGCCUUUAGGAGAACACAGUGAGACAGAUGAAGUUUGCACCAGAUGGUAGAAACACAAUGAUCAUGGUCUUAGACACAGCAUCCACACUCUGCUCCGUACAUGAUAGUGUGUGUGUGGUGCUGUUUGCAGGAACUUGAUGAGACUUUGCUUAAGUGGAAAUCCACUGAUGUUCAAGCCCCAGGGAAGUGGGUGGGGGGAUAGGACCUCUGGGGCCCUCUUCCUGAUGGAGCCCUACCUGACUCCUUUCACUGCUAAAGCAAGAAUCUGUUUAAACAAACAUAAUGACAACAACAAAAGUCACUCAACAGAAAAGUGGAGAAGUUAUUUCCUUUAUUAGUUAGUUUUUAGAUUUUCAUGUGUUCAUUUUUGUUGGUGUCACAUAGCUUACAGAUGUGGACAGUUUUAUUGGUGCCACAGCUCACAGCUCAUUGAAACAAUACUUCAUUUCAUCAGAAUCAUCAAAUGAUUCUGUUAAAAACAACCGCCCAGUGUACUUGCAUGGCUUUAGUAUGUGAAAGAGUGAACCAAUAAAAAUGUGAAAAGAAUGGAUUUGUUGAUUUUACAGAGAUUUUACAGAUUAGUAUUGUACAGAUCGCAGUUCUCGUCAAUAAAAUGACAACC